AUGCCCCAAUCCCGUCUGACUGUGCUAUUUUUCUCGGGCCUGGUGGCGCUGGCUACGGGAACGCCGUAUCUCUACGGAGUAUACUCUCCGCAGCUCAUUCAGAGAUGCGGACUCACCGCCUCGGACUCAGCUACUCUCUCAUUUGCUACCAGUGUUGGUACGAGUUUGGCGAGUUUGCCCGUGGGGAUGUUUGUGGACCGCGGAGGCCCUCAAUGGGCGGUUUGUGUUGGAGCGAUUACCCAAGUGUUUGGCUUUGCUACACUAUAUAUCGCCUACAAGACCCAACUAUCGAAUGUGCCAUUGCUAUUUUUUGCAAUGUUUUGUACCGGUGUAGGGUCAAUCAUGGCAUAUUAUGCCACCCUUAAAGUUGCCACAGCGAAUUUUCCAAACCACAGGGGUACUGCUGGUGCUGUUCCGGUAUCGGGCUAUGGGCUAUCUGCUCUCAUGUACAGCACCAUUGCGGCCUAUUUUUUCAAAGAUGAUACUGCUGGACUUUUGCGGUUUAUCUCUAUAUUUUGCGCUCUUUUGAUUGGAAGUGGCUCGCUUUUUGUGAAAAUUGUACGGCGCGAAGAAGGUUCGGAUGAUGAGUCGGAUGAAGAGGAUGAGACCAAUCCGUCUACGGGGGCUACAGCAGCGAAACAGCCCCCGAACCACGAAAGCGAAUAUGGAGGAUUUCUGGCGGGUCAUAGAGGCUCUUUUGCUAACAUCAAUAUUGCCAGGAACGACUCGCAUAGCUCGUUGUUCUCCUAUGCUGAAAGUACAUUCUCUCAGUCAUCAGCUUCUGUGUCCUCGUCAUUACAAGCCCCACUUUCUCCACAGCACCAGGUCCCCCAACCAAUCAUGACAACAACAAAUACUAUCUCAUCACAUCCCUCAUUUCAGAGACCAAGCCCGCAAUUCUCGUUGUCUUCAUCGCCCACUGCGUUGCGCAUUCCCUCAGGGUCUCCGCAGCAGAUGACCCAUUCGGCCCAGUCAACUAAACUGUCCACCUCGGUCAAUUCAAGUCUUUCAUCAUCACCAGUGAUAUCAAAUGAGCGAAGUUCGCUACCCACUCGGGGCUCGUUUGUGUUUCGCCCAGCUCCAGUGCCGGUACCCUCUGGAUCACCAAGAGGCUCAUCUGGCUUCAUGAAAAGAAUGCAGCAAUACCGCACUGGAAGCGACUCUGCAGUUGACGAGGAAGCCCCUUUGGUUCAACCAGAAAGCAGAGACAAAAGUUUCACGAAUUACCAUGCUGUAAGGUCCGAUUCUUCCUUAUCAGAUCUGGCACCAACGGCUCCACUGCGGCUUCGCAGACGCCGUAAACGUCUCACAGCCACUCAACACAUCGCAAAGCUUCUACACAACAAAGUGUUCCUUUCGAACUGUCUCGUGAUGAUGGGAUUAUCAGCAGUGGGACAGGUGUACAUCUACUCGAUUGGGUUCAUUGCCAAAGCCCUCGUUUCCGAGGAACGGGGUUCAGGCGCCGCUCAGGCUCUUCAGGUGUCCAUCAUCUCGUUCUCGUCGUUUCUGGGUCGUCUCCAUUCGGGUCCCUGCAGUGAUCUAAUCAGGAAGAGGUUCAAAAUGCAGCGGCUUUGGGUGAUUGUCAUAGCAUUGACUGCCAUGACUGUAGGCCAGGGUCUGGUUAUAUUUGCCAAAACCACUUCUGCACUGUCGGUAUCGAGUCUGCUCAUUGGGAUGGCCUAUGGGGCAGCAUUUGGAACAUUUCCGUCUAUUAUGGCUGACCAGUUCGGCUCGAAAGGGUUCACGACCACAUGGGGUCUGGCAGGUACCGGGCCGAUAUUUGCAUUUUUGUUACUCACAAAGGUGUUUGGGCAUGUAUAUGACCAUAAUAGUACUACAGAUGCCAUUUCUGGAUUGAGGGUUUGCCAUCUUGGUCGUGGAUGCUAUGCUGACGUCUUUAAACUGACCACGGCCAUAUGUGUGGCACUUUACUUUGGGCUGUUUGCGCUUAUCCGCCACAAUUAUAUGAAGGAGAAGCGUUAG